AUUUUAUUACACGAUACUUACGAUAUUUAAAGGUUUUACAUAGUUACGUUACACCCGAGAACUGAUCUUACGAAAGUGAAAUGCUGUAAACGACGCCUUAGCGCUUACUCGGGGCUACAAGACUUUGCCUGUUUGAAAACAGCGGAUGUCCCGUUUACCUGUGAUGUCAAAUAAAAGGGUUCUCAUGAGCAGCAGCAGCUCUGAGAACAGCCAGGAUUUGGCUCCUCUUCAGAAAAAGAGUCGCAAAGAUUCAGACCCCCCUCCUAAACCCCAAGCUGCAGCCACUGUCAUAAUGAGCAAAAGACCCAUUGCUACUGCAAGACCCAAUGUUUCAAAGCCUAUCAGAAGAACUGGGGCGGCGACUGUGGCCACUGGACCAUCUAGAGCAGGUGUUUUAAAACCUGCAAUGUCAACGGCAGCAAAAAGUGCUAAUGUUAAACCAACAACUGGAGCCAAAGUCGGAGGAGGCACCAAACGAGCGCCAUGGGAUCUCAAGGGGAAGGUUUGCGACAUGGAGGAGAAGAUCCAGAAUUAUCAGACCAGAGUGAAGUCUGUGAAUCAGGAGAACGAAGUGCUCAAAGGAUCCAUGGUUCAGACCAGACAGAGGGCGAGUGAGAUGGAGAAGGAGCUGGAGAAGCAGAGGGGCCAAAUCAGCGCGUUUCAAAAACAGCUGGAGGAGCUCUCCGGUGUCCAGGAAGAGCUGGAGAAAGUAUCCAUGGAAAAGGACACUCUACAGAAAUCUCUCUGCAACCUGGAGGGCAAAUAUAAAAUUAUGGAGACUCUGCGUGACAGCCAAGAGGUGGAGCUACAAACUCUGAAGAUGAAGCUCUCGGUGCAGGAGUCGUCUCUGGCCCGGCUGCAGCAGACACUCAGAGAAACAGAAGAAGAGGUUCAGUCCCUGAAAGAAACUGUGUCCCAGCAGAAAGAUGAGCUGUACUCUGGAGAAAUGGAGCGUCGCAAACUCCACAACGCCAUCCAGGAACUCAAGGGUAACAUCAGGGUCUUCUGCAGAGUGCGCCCUCUUGUGGACGGCGGUUUGAGCAAGCACAUUCAUCUUGCAUCUGAUGACAAGACUUCGAUCAGCUUGGCCAAAACUGAAGAGUCUCACACAGGAAAAGGCACCGAUACUCAGAAAAACUACAACUUCAGUUUCGACAGAGUGUUUGGUCCUCAGGCUUCUCAACAGGAUGUUUUUGAAGAGAUUUCUCUCCUGGUGCAGUCUGCGUUGGAUGGCUACAACGUGUGCUGCUUUGCCUACGGUCAGACAGGGAGUGGGAAAACGUACACGAUGGAGGGAGACGAGGUCCACGAAUCCAGAGGCGUCAUUCCCAGAGCCGUGCAGCAGAUCUUCAAGGCGUCGGACAAGCUCUCCUCUCAAGGCUGGGAGUUCACGUUCACAGCGAGCUUUGUUGAGAUCUACAAUGAGACCCUUCGAGACCUCCUCUACAAAGGAAAGGCCGACAAAAGACCAGAGCACGAGAUUCGCAAAUCCACCAACAAUGAGCUGACGGUGACCAACCUGACCUAUCAGAAGGUGGCCUGUGAAGACCAGGUGCUUGGACUGAUCGCUUUGGCCAAUCAGAACCGCUCCACCGCUCAGACCGCCCAGAACGACCGCUCCUCCCGCUCCCACUCUGUUUUCAAACUGGACAUCGAAGGAGUGAACGUCGGCCGAGACGUCAAAUGCAAAUCUGCUCUGUGUCUGGUGGACUUGGCUGGGAGCGAGCGGAUGGUGAAGAGCCAGUCUCAGGGAGAUCGUUUCAAAGAGAUGACGGCGAUCAACAGCUCCCUGUCCAAUCUGGGCAUCGUCAUCACUGCACUGGCCAAUAAGGAGAGCUACGUUCCCUAUAGAAACUCCAAGCUCACAUACCUGCUGCAGAACUGCCUUGGAGGAAACAGCAAAACCCUGAUGUUUGUCAACAUCGCCCCGGAGCCGGACAGCUUCGGAGAGACCCUGAACUCUUUGAGGUUCGCCAGUAAGGUGAAUGAUUGCGUCAUUGGAACUGCCAGCGCCAACCGGAAGUAGAUCAUUUCAUGCGUGUUUAUUUUUACCCUGUACUGUGCCCUCCCGUCUGGGCACACACUGAACCAAAGUCGUUCAUCUUUUUUGUAAAUUCUCAGGAGCAUAUUUCCUUUUACAUCAAGUGUUUUAUUGAGUGUAUAGAUUUGGGUGGUUGCAGAGUAAUUUCUGAUGAGCUUUUGUCUUGAACAUUUAACAGGUAUUCUUUUUUUUUUUUUUUUUUUAUUACUGUAUGUAUGUAUCUCAAAUGUUAAAUUGGCUGUUUUAGCAUAACAGCCAUGUCCCCAACUGAUUAAGUAUCUGUACCUUCUGGCUCUAUGGUUAGAUGUUUCACUGAAUAAAACUAUUACAUUUGGA